CUCUGGGGCGAAUCCCUGCCGACGUCACUCCGAGUCCCCUUAUAAGUAGGCAGAGCAGAGACUCUGAUUAUACUCGAGCAAAACCGCUUUUUCAGGCUGCAACAACUCUUCAAACCAAGGAUUAUUGGAUUGCCUUCAUUGGAUUUAAUUGCCAGCACUGAACUCUCGGUUUAAGCACAAUGACAUUGAACAAGGGUGACAAAUUGCGGAACAUGGAGAAGAGAAGAGGGAGCAUGCCGUUCCCCAUGAAUGUACCAAACCUACACCGGAGAAGCAUGCCCGUGGACGACCGGGACCUGCGCGCCACGAUGCCACAGACAGGGCAAACCGACGAGCUGUCCAACCUCCUGCGCUGCACGUCCUACUCGCCGAAAGAGCAGCACCGAGGCAGCUGCGCGUCGGACUCCUCCGAUUCUGUCAUCUCCACCGGCAGCGAAGCGGAGUCCCAGGUUUACAAGGUGGUUCUCCUCGGCGAGCACGGUGUCGGCAAGUCCAGCCUAGCGCGCGUCUUUGGAGGUGUUGAGGAUGCUGGUCACGAUUGCGAUGAAACAGGAAACACUUAUGACAGAUCUGUGGUAGUGGAUGAAGAAGAGUCAUCCAUUGUGUUGUAUGACAUCUGGGAACAGGAUAACAGCCAGUGGCUGAAGGAACAGUGCAUGAGGAUGGGAGAUGCCUACAUCAUUGUGUAUUCAGUGACAGACAAAUCAAGCUUUGAGAAGGCAUCAGAGCUGCGUAUUCAGUUGCGUCGGGCCAGGCAGUCAGAGAACAUUCCCAUAAUCCUUGUGGGCAACAAGAGUGACCUGGUGCGGUCCAGAGAAGUGUCUGUAGAUGAGGGGAGUGCCUGUGCAGUGGUAUUUGACUGCAAGUUCAUUGAGACAUCAGCAUCCCUUCACCACAAUGUGCAGGAUCUAUUCGAGGGCAUCGUCAGACAGAUCCGCUUGAGGAAAGACAGCAAGGAGGAGAACGCGCGACGCAUGGCCAACUGCAGGCGUAGAGAGAGCAUUGGCAAGAAGGCCAAACGGUUUCUGGGCCGCAUGGUUGCACGCAAGAACAAGAAGAUGGCAUUCAGGCAGAAGUCAAAGUCCUGCCAUGACCUAACAGUUCUCUGAGGAAAAGAUGGGACAGAUGGACAUUUUUUUCCUUUGGCCUCUGAAGACCAGAAGCUGUGUGUGUUUUAACACUAACCCUAAAGGACUAAUAGAGCUGUACAGACCUAUAUUUUUAUUUUUUAGACACCAACCAAAAGCAAAGAGAGGACUUAAUUAGUAAAAAGAACGACUGACAUUAUUCAAGUCAUAUCAUGAUGGUGAUAACCUGCAUGAAGCUUCGCAAACAUUUAUUUUAUUUCAUUUUGUUUGUUUGUUUGCCUUAAACAUGUUGCUGUCAUAACAUGAUCAGUAUGUAUGAUAAAUCCACAAAGGCUUGUUAUUUCUAAUGAGUUGCAAAAAUUGCCUUGCUGUUGGGUUAUUGUUGUGCUCCUUUAGUGGAGGGGAUUGAUGUAUAUACUAUAACUUGAAUGAUGCUGAAUGCAACAUACAUCUCAUUAUCCUAAAAGACAUGGUAAAGGAUCACAAUACUAGGUAAUCCAGAGUUAUAUUUACUUGAAACGUGGUACGCAGGUUCGUGCCUUGGCCAAGUUACUAAGGACUAGUCAAAGAGAAGGGGAAUCUUUCUGUGUUGUUCCAUAACAUUGAAUUCAGGUUGUGAAUGUAUGAGUUAAGCAAUAAGUUAUUUUAGUGUUGUGAAACUUGACAUUAUUUGGAAAUUCUUUGUUUACGUUGAUUUCCUUUUUCAAUAAAAUAUAAAAUCAAAACAUAAAA